UUCCUGCACAAGAAGGAGAACCCGGUGACCAUGGCGGUGGCCUCCUCCUUCCCGGGGCUCCUGCUCCCGGACCUCGUCCUGCUGGCCCGGCCCGUCCAAAGCAAGAAGCAGCCUCCGCGGCUGGAGCUCACCAGGCUGCUGCCGGCACAGCUGGUCCGCCUGUUUGUCCACAGCGAGGCCGGAUGGAGGCUGAAGCUCCGCCUGGCCUCCGGCCGCAGUUUCUACCUGAGGCUGGUGGCCGAGCCGGCCGAGGGCUGCCUCCUGUUCAACCGCUGGCGCUUCCUGAUCUUCCUGAUGCAGGGGCCCAUCCCGGCCUGGGCCCGGAGCCCCGACGAGCAGGCCGCCCAGGACGAGAGCGCCCCGAUGUCCGCAGCGGGUGAGAAAACCCUCCUCCUGCCUCCUGCCCCGGCGCCUCCGCCUGGCUCUGGGUUUCUGAGGCCCUUCUGGUCCCUCCACAGAGGCCCCCCCCAAACGGAAGGAGGUGGCCUUCCCUCCCCAGUACCCCGUCCCGAGGACCAAGGGGAGCCCGGGCUGGACCUGGGACAAAGCACUGCACUACCCUGGGCCGCUCUCCCAACUGAUGGACCAGCAGAGCGCCCCGGCCCUCCCGGAAGUGAUGUCGAGAGCGGAAGCCGCCCCCAUGUCCUUCCGGUCCCAGCAGAAGCUCCCAGUCAGGAGAGAAGAGCAGCAGAAAUCAGAGCCCACCCUUUUCAGGAGGAGCACCCCGGGGAGCCUAGUGGAAGUGGAAGGCUGCCUCACCAGCGGAGACGUCCUCUUCAGGGCCCUCCAGGCCACCCUCCCAAGAGCACCCCCAGGAGCCGGGCACUGCCAACAAGCUGCCGCUCCCCCAAGAGCAGCCGCAGCCCCAGGAGCUCCCCCAAGAGCAGCCGCAGCCCCAGGAGCUCCCCCAAGAGCAGCCGCAGCCCCAGGAGUUCCCCCAAGACCAGCCGCAGCCCCAGGAGCUCCCCCAAGACCAGCCGCAGCCCCAAGAGCUCCCCCAAGACCAGCCGCAGCCCCAGGAGCUCCCCCAAGACCAGCCGCAGCCCCAGGAGCUCCCCCAAGACCAGCCGCAGCCCCAGGAGCUCCCCCAAGAGCAGCCGCAGCCCCAGGAGCUCCCCCAAGACCAGCCGCAGCCCCAGGAGCUCCCCCAAGAGCAGCCGCAGCCCCAAGAGCUCCCCCAAGACCAGCCGCAGCCCCAGGAGCUCCCCCAAGAGCAGCCGCAGCCCCAGGAGCUCCCCCAAGACCAGCUGCAGCCCCAGGAGCUCCCCCAAGACCAGCUGCAGCCGCAGCCCCAAGAGGGCCCCCAAGAGAGGCGCCAUUCCAAGAGGCACCACCACCACUCAAAACACCACCACCACCAUUCAAAAUGGCAGCAGCUCCCCCAAGAGCAGCCACAGCCCCGAAGGCUGUGCAAAUGCCCGAGCAUGCAGGAGCCGCCACUGCGGGUUAAGGUUCGGGAAACCUUAGGGGAGCCCAGAACACUGGCCGAAGGUCUUUUAAAAAAAAUUGAGGCCUGGGAUGCCUGGCGGUUCGGGUGGGUCCGCUGCCAGCCUCCGGAAGCCGCCGGGGUCGCCACAGAGCAGCCCAAGGACAACCCGAGGGACGGUCCGGAGCCCACCCAGGCCUCACAGCCCUGCGCCAGUUUCAAGGCUCUGAGGAAGGCUAUCCAGAAGCCACCGAGCUGGCUCACCAGAGCAUGGCAACAGGGCAAAAAGGUGGUCUGCACCUGUACCAGGGGCUCCAGCUAAUCCCCUGCCCAGGCCACCUAACUGCAUUAGAUUUUUUUUUUAUUUUUUUUAAAUAUAUUUUAUUUGAUUAUUUCCAAGCAUUAUUCAUUAAAGACAUAGAUCAUUUUCUUUUCCUCCCCCCACCCCCACCCCCCAUAGCCAAUGCGUAAGUCCACUGGUUAUUACAUGUUUUCUUGAUUUGAACCCAUUGCUUUGUUGAUAGUAUUUGCAUUGGAGUGUUCAUUUAGAGUCUCUCCUCUGUCAUGUCCCCUCAACCGCUGUAUUCAGGCAGUUGCUUUUCCUCGGUGUUUCCACUCCCAUAGUUUAUCCUUUGCUUAUGAAUGGUGUUUUUUUUUCUCCUGGAUCCCUGCAAGUUGUUCAGGGACAUUACACCGCCACUAAUGGAGAAGUCCAUUACCUUCGAUUAUACCACAGUGUAUUAGUCUCUGUGUACGAUGUUCUCCUGGUUCUGCUCCUCUCGCUCUGCAUCACUUCCUGGAGGUUGUUCCAGUCUCCAUGGAACUUCUCCACUUUAUUAUUCCUUUUAGCACAAUAGAAUUCCAUCACCAACAUAUACCACAGUUUGUUCAGCCAUUCCCCAAUUGAAGGGCAUCCCCUCGUUUUCCAGUUUGGGGCCACCACAAAGAGCGCAGCUAUGAAUAUUCUUGUACAAGUCUUUUUCCCCAUUAUCUCUUUGGGGUACAGACCCAGCAGUGCUAUGGCUGGAUCAAAGGGUAGACAGUCUAUUAGCUCCCUUUGGGCAUCAUUCCAAAUUGCCCUCCAGAAUGGCUGGAUCAGUUCUCAACUCCACCAGCAAUGAAUUAAUGUCCCUACUUUGCCACAUCCCCUCCAGCAUUCAUUACUUUCCUUUGCUGUCCUGUUAGCCAAUCUGCUAGGCGUGAGGUGAUACCUCAGAGUUAUUUUGAUUUGCAUCUCUCUGAUUAUACGAGAUUUAGAGCACUUCUUCAUGUGCUUGUUAAUAGUUUUGAUUUCUUUAUCUGAGAACUGCCUAUCCAUGUCCCUUGCCCAUUUAUCAAUUGGAGAAUGGCUUGAUUUUUUUUUGUACAAUUGAUUUAGCUCUUUAUAAAUAUGAGUAAUUAAACCUUUGUCAGAGGUUUCUA